AUGAACUUUGAAGAGGGAGAGUUCGAAAGGCAUUCGAGAAAAGACCGCCAAAGGACAGCCAAUCUGGACUUUGACGCUCGUGUUCCCAUCCCCUUCAGUGUCUUCCCGUCGUCGUACCGGAGUGACGCUGUUCCUGAGCCUACUCUUGCACCUGAAAGAGUAGAGGGAGAAGUCAAUCUCGAUCGUCCUUCGCACGUCGAACGGGAAGAUACUCGAACCUCUGCUCCUCUCCCAGAUCCCCGUAUCUACGGAAAGGAAGAGAUCGAUCUACACGUCCAGCGCGACUCUCAUCCUGUCCCGCCCCCUGCCCCCCAGCCUGACCAAUACUCGGUUUACACCGAAGACCGCUUCCAGCAGCAGCAGCAGCAAAGGCCAUAUCCCGAGGUCGAUCUCGCGCGUGAACGCUAUCGUGAACCUACCUCGGUCCGCUUCCAAGAGCCCCCUAAGGUUUACGAUCAGGAACUUUCCAACCAGCUAGACAUCACUGAGCGUGAAUAUCGUCGUCGUGUCAACCAACCGACCUACGACGUAUACAACGCCAACGCUAGCUAUCAGCACUCAAGUGUAGAGUCCUACGAGAACCGUCAACCCGCCUCGUACGACCGUACUCCUACCCACCCCAAGCUCAACGUCUCGUACGACCAGGCUUAUCAAGCUCCCGCUCUCGACACCUACGCCGGCUCUUCUUUCAGCCAGCGUCAACUCCCUGUCGAGCCAGUCAACCCUCCUUCUCAGUUCAAGGCUCCUAGCACUACUACUGUAGUUGAUCAUCCCCCAGCUCGCAAGAUGGGAUACUACGACGACGACGGUAACUACCACUCCUUCCGUCGUGGUGUGGAACGCGCUGCCGACCGCAUCAUGCACCCUUUCCAUCACCAUGAUCACCACCAUCAUCAUGGUGAUCAUCAUGGUGAUCAUGGUGACCAUCAUCACCAUGACCGUCAAGAUGUCGUCGUUGCUGACGAUCGCGGUCCAGUUUCCCGUGAAGGCGGCCACCAGUCCGUCCGUGUCAUUGAGCCCCGUAGCGGUGGCCGCAAGAACGCCGACUCCGUGCCCAUUCCCUGCCACUUCAUUCGCAUCGGCGACAUCUUGAUCCUCCAGGGCCGUCCCUGCCAGGUCAUCCGUAUCUCCGUGUCGCCCCAGACCGGCCAGCACCGCUACCUCGGUGUCGAUCUCUUCACCCGCCAACUGCAGGAAGAGUCCAGCUUCAUUUCCAACCCCUCCCCCUCGGUUGUCGUCCAGACCAUGCUGGGACCUGUCUACAAGACCUACCGCAUCCUCGACCUCCGUGAUGGUGAGAUCGUCGCCAUGACUGAGACCGGUGAUGUCAAGCAGAACAUCCCCGUUGUGCCCCAGGGCAACCUCUUCCGCCGCAUCAAGGAUGCCUUUGAGGAGGGCCGCGGCAGUGUCCGUGCCCUGGUCAUUAACGAUGGUGGCCGCGAGCUCGUUGUGGACUACAAGGUUAUCCACGCUUCCCGUCUGUAA